GUCAAGCGCUAAGCACGAUCAUAGAUCUGCCAAGGGCGAGGUCAAAUCUGCGCCUGUUGGCGCCACAUCAUCCCGUUCGAAAUAUGCCGCAUCAAACAUUGUGACAGCGACAUGCGGCACGGCGACACAGAAUGUAUUAUAUACCAGUCUGAAUUCAACUCGCCAUUUGUUGUGUUCGCUCUCCUGGACUCUGGGCCCUCGCUUGCUACCUUACGUUGACGUCGCCAGGGCCCUCUACAGGCCGACUCAGGGUUGCAUCGGCCCAGAUCCGGUUACAGGCCUGAGCGUGGUGGUUAUUCAUGAGAGUACCCGAGUAUUGGAGCGUCGCUGAAGUUACCAUUGCGUUCAGAGACGCGCGGUUGAGCCGCUCCCUCAAUAUUCUCCCAUUCGUCAUCCUCUACUACGACUACUUGCUCACGCUUCCAACGGAGAUCGAGAGGUACUGGACCGCGGACCUCAGCCCCCGGCGAGGCCCCGUCUGGUUCCUCUUCUGCCGGUACUUGUCACUAGUCGGCAACGUACCAGUUUUGAUGCGGGUAGCCUGGCCCUUAGACGACCAUCGCUUCUCCUUAGUGAGGCACCGCACACCGGCGCCAGAGGAGCCGGCGGCCAUAGGGUGCAACGUUGCUACUUCAUCGGCCAUGGGAUAUAUUACCGAUAUCCUUCCGUGCUCUUCAGAUUUGGCCAUCACCUGGAGUGCCAUGCUUUGUCAUGACAUCAUGAUAUUUACGUUGACACUCUACAAAGCACUGUCACUCCGCGGCGGGUCAAGAACUAUAGUCGACGUCCUUCUGCGUGAUGGCACUAUGUAUUUUGGCUUGUUCAACGAGCACUACGCUUCUUACGUACCUAUUUGCACGAGUAAGAAGCGUCCGCCGAUGAUCAAAGGAAUUACAGCUACAUUUACUAAUAUCUUGUCCACGACACUAAUCGCUCGCCUAAUGUUGAAUAUACGCGAUCCCAAGAUAAUCCAGCAAACCCGCUACUCUAAUUCUCCAGUCCAGCGCACCACAAGCACUGUCUCGGAUGACCCAAUUGUCACGUCAGCUCUUGACACCGCUGGCCAGCCGGAAUGGACCGAGUUCAACCACGAGCUGACAGAAAUCUAUCAAGACGAGGGCGAGACUCCAUAUGGCACGCGACACGAUGUUAUUGAGCUGGUCCAGAGAGAUCAUCCUCCAGAGAAGUCGAAAGGCAAAGCUUGGAGGGCGGGGGCCUGGCUUAAGUACCAGCGCCAGCGAAGUUUAACAUGCGCUGUCUCAGCAUAG